AUGGCGCAUCCUGAUAGCUCGCACGGGCAGAACAAGCCAAAUGCGAACGCGUCCGCCAGAAUCGCACCCAAGACGUAUGGCAAGCAGCCGAAACCGCUCCCUCUACAAGGGAUCCAUUUCAUCCGAUCAGAUGCAGAAGAACUACCUCAAGAUGACGAGGAGGAGGCCAUUUACCAGGACCUCGAAGCGCAUGCACGACAACGGCGCCGGGAACCAGAUCCAGAGGACUCUCCACUCUCGGAGGGUGAGCUGGAGUACGUCUACGGGAGAGAUGCCAGCCCGGUGCUCUCGCCGUCAAGUAGCCCAAGGCUGCCGACUUCCGGCAGCAAGACGAGUACUGAGCCACGCGAGAAAAGCUUAUUCGUCACGCCAACCCGAGUGCCAAGCGACAAGGAGAGGCUCGCAGAGCCCGUGUCAAAGCUUGCGACGAAACCUCGGUACCAGCAAGCGCAGCAAGGUGCUUCAAGUGCAAAUCGCAGAUAUCCAAACAAUGCCCGCUCGAGGCCAAGUUUUUCGAAGAAAACGGAGACGAAACAGCGGCAUCGUCAGUUGAAGAGAAGACUUCCAGUAAACGAACUUCCACUUACUGACUCACCUCCUGCCCACCGUGACAUUUUCCGUGAUACGCAAAGCAGCUUCGCUGGCGUUGAAACGCAAGAUCCUAUCGCAGAUCCUUCCAGCUCUGGUCGAAAGGGCAGAAUACCUUCAAUUGAGGAUGAGCUUGAAAAGCCCCGAGCGUUGUUGACUCCACACAGAAAGCGACUAAAGAUACCACUCCAAAAUCACAAGUCGAAAUUUGACCUUCUCAAGAAAAAAGGGAGCCGGGCGAAACUCGCUCGGGCCUUUGGAGUGCAGAGCAAGCUUGGGGACGGAUUCGACGUUUCUGAACGCAAAGUCGACCAUCGAAGAUUCACGCCAAGGAGGCGACAGAAUGUGCCAAAGUCGCUUAUGUGGGGCUUUGGCGAGUUGGAGAUCAAAUCAGGCCCACUGCCAGACGUGAAGUUUGAACAAAGUUGUUCUGAACUCCAGCUUGUUUCGGCUCACGAACAAGAGAGACCCAACUCGAUGGGCACUGAUCAAGCUGGCAUCCGAAAUCCGGACGACGAGUAUGGCUACCGGUGCGCGACUACAGCAGCAAGCACCUCCUGCCAGAAAGCCAAGCGCAAAGUCAGUUUCAGUGAUCGUAUACUGGACGACAAAACUUGGGCUCGUCUAUCUUCUGUGUCGGCACCGAAGCGAGCAUACAGCAUCUCGUCAGAUGACGGGGAGAGCUCAGAGGUCGAGCCAGAUGACGAUGAGAGCGAAAUUUCUGCCAACCCAGAUGAGGAUGAGGGACUUAUAUAUGAGGAUCAUGAUAGUGACAAUGAAUCCCACGUUGAGAGCGAUGACGAAGGAGUUAUGGAGGAAUUGCAGGCCAGAACGCCUCCCAGCAAUCAACGAGCAAGACAGAGCAGGAUAUACUGGCAACCUACAUCAAGCUCGACAGGAUUGCAUCCACCAGUGAACAACAAGGGCAUGACCCUCAACUUCCGCAAAUCAGACAUCCAGGGGAUGGCCAUGCCAAGAACUCCGUUCAACAAGCGGAGAAUGAUGGAAGUCAACGAAAUGAUCAUGGAUGAGGAGGACCCGGACGAGAUGCUCGACAGCGAGCCUGCUCCACCGCUGCCCCUAUCGCGACCACGCUCCAUACUUCGAAACCCCAAGCCGCGGUACAGCCACAGUAGUGAAGCCAACACAAGACCAGAAGACACCUUUGCCAACACCCGCCGCAACAGCAUGGUCAAUCUGGAAGACAGCCGCUACUCCACCACGGCUGCAGACAGACUUCAAGCUGCUGAUGGCACCACGAAACCCAUCAUCAUCAAGCAACGAACCAGCGACCGUCACUAUGCUCGUUCACAAUACUUCCCCAAAGAAGUCCAGGUACCCGACAGCGACAGCGCCGUCCCCGAAACCUCGCAGGCACGACUCCACUACGGAGAUGAGCCGCAGCUCGAUAUCUUGAAACGCAGCUCAGAAGCAACGUGGACGUCGAGCGAGAGCUCGCUAAGGAUCCCGAGAGAUCUGAAGACGUUGACGAGGACUGUCAGUCGAGAGCAUGGAACGUUGAGUCAGGCUGUCAGGAGGCGGCCGAGCAUACCGUUCCGGUCGCCGACGAAAGCGAGAUGA